UUAGAGUCUGAUUUCAGAGCCAUGCCAAAAACUAGAUACUUAAUUCCAACGCCGUUGAGAAUUCCCAUUUUUCCAUUCUAAUGGCAUCAUAGCAAAAAAAUUUAAGUAUUUUUUUAUGCUAGUUUGAUGAAAAUAACAUCAUAAAAAAUAAUAGGUUAGUCUAUUGAUUAUCGUGACUAUUUCAAUGUAAAUUAAAUGUAAUCUUAAUUUGCUUUGGUCUUGUCUUUACGAUGACUUGAUUGUGCUAAUUUUGCUAAAAUGUUUCCAUAGUGACAAAGACUGAGCAGGCCUCAAGCCAAAAGUAAGAAGACCAGAUUUAGCUGGCGGUUACUUCUUCAGCCUUGUCGUUCUGUACAUAUAUUGAUAAUCUUACUUUUUGAAAUGGCAGACCAAGUUAACUCUUAUAAAACUACAUUCAAAGUCAAGUUUUUAGGUGACUAUCAUGACAUAGAUAUUGACUGGAGUGAUAAAUAUGGCUGGCAUCAGCAAAAACAACAACUGCUCGGACAGCUUCAGUCAAUAACUGGUGUACCAUGCAAAUAUGUUUAUGAGCUUCUUUUGCCGAUCCUCCGAGAACCGUUACAGCAUGUGCAGCCCCGCGAUGAUCCAUAUCACUAUGCUAUUAGGAACCAGAUAAACUAUUGGAGCGCUGCUGUCCACAAGGAAGAAUUCUUCAGUGCCAUUCGUUAUGCCGAAAACAGUUUUCAUCUGGCUUAUGAUGUUCAUUUUGAUUCGGUGAUUUCUAGGCGCUUUAUCAAUAUUCGUCUACGGUAUCGCCUAGUACCUGAAAGGAUGGUUCCAGAGGGAGUGUGCAGACAUGGUUUUUGUCAACAUAGAAAUACUAAAAGUAUCUUCAAUAGAAUCAAAGAUAUCAUUAAUAACGAUGAAUUCAAUGAAACAAUUUGGUCUCAAGUUUACCCAAUACGAGGACUGAGGACAAGACGAGGUGUUUACAGACAAUUCAACGUAUUACAAUAUUCCUUUCUCAUUUGUGAUGAUGUCUAUUCGCGAUUCCCCAGUGAUGCAUACAGACUUAUCAACAGUGAGCCAAAAGUUUACCUGAGAGCUCGUGGUUGAUAAUAUCAACUUGAUGAAUGGCCAUUUCAUCAAUUUCUCUCAGUAAACUUGUUUUCCGACAAAAACUAAUCUGAAUAAAAUUGAAACACUUACUAAUACUUUUCUUCCCAUUUAUCAAUCUUGAGCCUCCUUUUGACUCACUCUAUUAAGCUUAAAGCGACCAACUUUUCCGUAAGCCGAACCACCUCUUGCGUGCAAACAGAAUGUUUAAGUUCCCGAAAUAAAUGUAAUUUUUGAUUGCUCAUAAGAUGUAAUAUCAGAAAAAUGUGUAAAUUGACAAAUCUGGCAAUGGUGUACAGUAACUGUCCGAAGUUGCAACUUUUACGUUUUUAGUAAAGCGUUAAUACAAAAUGAAA